AUGAAAGAGAUUAAACUUUUAAAAGAAAAGAAAUAUAGCAUUUUUAUGAAAACAGAUUACAAUGACAAUAAUGAUUACAAAGAAAUAAUAAUAAAUAAAAAAAAAGGAAGACAUGACCAAACAAAUUUUUCAAAUUUUUUAAAACCGCUAUGGCCAAAUGGUAAGCCAGUCGCGGAAGCGAAAAUAAACGAUAUUAAAUCCUAUUUACAUCUUAUCCCUGCAUCAGAUCACCAUUUUUAUACUAACCUUACAGGAAAUCCGUCUAUAGAGGAGGAUAUAGAUGGAUUUAAUGGAGAAUUGGAUUUUGAGUUAGACGUCUAG